CACCAUCUACCGCCACCUGCAGCGCAACCCCGACAAGCAGCUCUACCCGCUGUUCGAGUACUUCGAGAACUGGUGCCAGGACGAGAACCGACAUGGCGACUUCUUCACCGCGGUGCUCAAGUCGCAGCCCCACAUGCUGUACGACUGGACCGGCAAGCUGUGGGCGCGGUUCUUCUGCCUGUCCGUCUACAUCACCAUGUACCUCAACGACCACCAACGGUCCGCGUUCUACAGCGCCCUGGGACUGAAUACCACGCAGUUCAACCAGCAUGUCAUCAUCGAGACCAACAAGGCCACCGCGCGCAUCUUCCCCGCCGUACCCGAUGUGCAGCACCCCGACUUCUUCCCCCGCAUGGAC